UGCUUCACAGACUCUGGCCAGCUCUCAGUGCAGGUCCCCCGCGCGCCCCUCCACACGGCCAUGUCGUCCUGCAGCCGCGUGGCGCUGGUGACCGGGGCCAACAAGGGCAUCGGCUUCGCCAUCACGCGCGAGCUGUGCCGGCACUUCUCCGGGGACGUGGUGCUGGCGGCGCGGGACGCGGAGCGCGGCCGGGCGGCCGUGCAGCAGCUGCAGACGGAGGGCCUGAACCCGCGCUUCCACCAGCUGGACAUCGACGACCCGCAGAGCAUCCGCGCGCUGCGGGACUUCCUGCGCCGCGAGUACGGCGGGCUGAACGUGCUGGUCAACAACGCGGGCAUCGCCUUCAAGUUUGAUGAUCCAACCCCCUUCGACAUCCAGGCUGAGAUGACACUGAAGACAAACUUCUUUGCCACGAGAAAUGUCUGCACUGAAUUACUGCCAAUAAUAAAACCUCAUGGCCGGGUCGUGAAUAUCAGUAGUUUGCAGGGCUCAAAAGCUCUGGAGAACUGCAGAGAAGACCUGCAGGAGAAGUUCCGAUGUGAGACACUGACGGAGGAGGACCUGGUGGACCUCAUGAAGAAGUUUGUGGAGGAUACGAAAAACGAAGUGCAUGAGCGGGAGGGCUGGCCCAGCUCAGCCUAUGGCAUGUCCAAGCUGGGGGUCACAGUCUUAUCAAGAAUCCAGGCCAGGAAUCUGGACGCGAAGAGAAAAGCCGACCGGAUUCUGCUGAAUGCCUGCUGCCCUGGCUGGGUGAAGACUGACAUGGCUGGGGAUUACGGCUCCAGGACUGUGGAGGAGGGGGCCGAGACGCCCGUCUACUUGGCCCUCCUGCCCCCAGAUGCUACUGAGCCUCAUGGCCAGCUGGUCCGGGACAAAGUCGUCCAGAACUGGUAAAUGUCUGUGCUGAAGCUCAGUGCUAAAUAAACAUCUGUGAC